AUGAACAUCGACUCCAACCUGCCUUCAGCUGUAAAAAUAAGCCGAAGCGCUCGAGCCAUCAAGGCCACAAGCAAAAGUAACAGUUCUCUAACUCCAGCGAUAAGAAAACAAAUCACUAAAGCUGUCAACUCUGCAACACGUAAAGUCUGCACCAAGAAAGGUCGCCAGAUAUGUGUGAAGGGAUCUCGGGGACCUCAAGGACCCCCGGGAUCUCAAGGACCACAGGGAUCCCGAGGACCUGCAGGACCUCAAGGCCCUCAGGGAAAAUCAGGAACUGAAGGAUCUCCGGGAAAGUUGGGACCUCAGGGACCUCCGGGUCCUCCAGGACCUCCCGGGCCUCAAGGGCCCGCUGGAAUGAAAGGAGAUAAGGGGGAUCCCGGAGUAGCAAGUUCGUUAACUCCAACUUAUCUACAGCCAGUUAAGAACCAAUCAGAUGAUGUCAUUAAAGCCCCUGUGAUAUUAGUUCAGCCAACCUUUAGGACUGCCUUCUUAAACGAGUCAGCUACAUUUCAGUGUGCACCAGAUAAAAACGUUUACGCGACCAUCUCAUGGUCUAAAAAGGAUGGAUCUCUCCCCGUCGGAAGACAUUCCGUCAUCAAAGGAAGACUGUUUAUCAAGAAUGUGGUCAUCAGUGACAAUGGCGUGUACGUCUGCACGAUUCGCACUCACCAGGGGACCGAACAAGCUGCUGUCACACUUAAUGUGAAAGGUAAAAAAAUAAUAAACCAUGAAAAUAUGUUUUAAAGUCAUGCUGUGCACCAGUUUAACAGCAUGGGCAAUCUAGUCGGAUUGCAUUGGAAACAUUCAAAGAUUCCGCGUUUUCAUGACAAUAACUUAUCGGAUUGCCACCUGCGACAACAUAGCAAUUUUUAUUAGGAAGUCAGUGGGUGAUAGUAAGUAUGUACGUAGUUCUAAAGUUCUCUUUUUUAGUUUCAUAUUCUUUUUUCGAUGUCCGCAAGAUCCUUUGAAAAGAAAUUCAGAGAAUAUCUGUGAUCUAGUUAAUAUUACAGUCUCAGUUUCAGGAUAAAUACUAACCUUUCUAAAUCCACCUGAUCGCGAUAUAAGCUGCAUCCUUUAUGCGUCGAGUUAUUAUCAAAAGUCAGGACCAAAUUAUUAUCUUGCGGACGUGGUUAAUACUGCUUAUAACUGCUAAUUUAUUCUUGUUUUGCACUGAGAGUCCUUUGAUACACUCCUACGAAGGGCUUGCACUUGAAGCGUGUUGUUUUUUAAUGCAUGCCGUUCUUUUUUUGCUCAUUACCUUAUUAACUCAAAUGAAAAAAAAAAAAUAGGACCAUUUUUUAUCUAACAAACCGCUCAGUGUACCGGCGCUUCUUUCUACGUUAGAAGGGCAGAAGUGAGGAGAACAGAGAUAAAGUCACAACACGAAAAAACACAAACAUAAUUUCACGAAACUGAAACUGAAACUGAUCAUUUGCAGCUCUACCAGCAAUUUCACUCGCUCCAGGGCCAAUCUACGCUGAAAGCGGAAAAGAUAUCAGUCUCCCUAAAUGCCAAGUUAUCGGAUAUCCUCCUGCGGUUAUAUCCUGGACAAAGCUUUUUGAUCAACUUCCAACUGGAAGAAUCGCUGUAGAUGGUCAAACCUUAACAAUAAAGAAAGCAGAGAAGAAGGACGGAGGAACAUACAUCUGCACCGCUAGAAAUACCAUGGGCACUUCGCACGCUAUGACAAGUUUAAUAGUUAAUGUGAUGCCGCAGUUCACCGUCAAGCCACCAAAGAAAAGAGAGCGUUAUCAUGGACAGUCAGUUACGCUGAACUGCUCUGCAGAUGGACAGUCCGUACCGAACAUCACGUGGUCACGAUGCAAUGGAGAGUUGCCAAGGGGACGCACGCGGGUGAAGGACGGACAGCUAAAGAUACGCAGCUUGAAGGAUGAAGACAGUGGCAUUUACAUCUGCUCUGCUCGGAGUGGGUUGCUUCAGGUGGAGACCGAAGUACAACUUAUUGUUAAAACUGGUAAGAAGUGUUUCACAUUGCCUGCUAGUUUUGGGGUUUUCGAUUGAACUCAGUGAAAGCUAAGUAACUGUCUGAGUCGAGUUGCAAUUACGUAGUUACAGUCAAAUUCCUCUUUACGGACACCCGCUUAGUACGGACACCUCAUUAUUAUGAACCGUUUCCAGUCCUUUGUCCUUGGGAAAAGAAACCCUUACAUUUUCUCUAAAUUCAACCCGCUUAAUACGGACACUUUCCAUGGCCCCUCAAUGUCCGUAUUCAAGGAGUUUGACUGUACUACAAAUCUAAUCAAUUUUAAGUGUCCCUCAUUAAAUACAAAUUUACUGCCAGUUGCACUACUUGCAUGUCGUACCAGUUAAAUAGGCAAGGCCGUCCUCCUGCCAGCUAAGAUUAACUCAACUUCGAUUAUAUUCAUGGCAGUACACAAUUUCAGAUACCCGUAACUCAUUUGUUACCCGAUGAAUCUUCUGGACCGCCAUAAAGCAAUCGAACCUCCCGCAAGCAGACACCGGCGACUAUAAAAUCAUCUUCUUUGGAGAGGUGUCCGUUUAAGGGAGUGGAAAAUCAGUACAGUGUUUGCCUGUCGCUGUGCCAUGACUAGCACUCUGCUUACAGGAGGGAUCCGUUAGCGCACGCCAUAUUCUUUCUAGUUUCAUAUCAUUCGUUAUUUUGUUGACGGAUUGAUUAACGGAUAUAUUUUAUUGAUCAUGUCUGUAGCUCGAGAUUGUCAAGAACUGUUUUCUGCUGGAAUUAAAGAAAGUGGUGUGUAUACUGUCAACCCAACGAACAAAGCCAGUUUCGAAGUGUUCUGUGACAUGAAGACUGAUGGCGGAGGAUGGACAGUAUUUCACAAGCGCUUCAAUGGGGCUUGGGACUUUUACAGGGGGUGGGAAGAGUACAAAAACGGCUUUGGUGACAUUAGAGGGGAGUUUUGGCUUGGGAACGAGAAGAUUCAUCAACUGACACAGAUUCCCAGUCAGCUGCGGGUGGAAAUUAAGACAAAAAAAAAGUGGUAA